AUGGAUGCCGAAGCUGUUGCGACCAUCGCGGACGAGGAGCAGGCCUUGGCAGCCAGAGGUGCCAAGCGCGCAGGGGAGGCCAUCGGUCAGGUGCUCAACCGCGCAGGCACAAACCUCAGCCCCUGUCAGUCGGCCCUCGCUGUGGAGUUGCAGGAGAUGGCCAAGUCCAAAGCCCAGUCGGAGGGCAAGGGCAAAGGGGGGGCUGAUCCGCAG